AUAUAUGUUCUAUGAUCUACGAUUCUAUAAAAAAUAUUUCGUAAAUAGUUCUGAAAACAGCAUUGUUAAAUCUUUUUAGCUAUUUCAUCCUAUACAAUAUUUGUAAAUUAUUAGUUACCAAAUUCAUUGCUGUAUAUUUUAUCUGGCAGCAAAUUUUUGUGAGCUUUCCGUCACGACAUUGUUGCUCAUAUUUUUUACGAUCAGUCAGAAAAAUGGUAAAUGAAACUAAUGACAGUGAAGACUCUAAAAAAGUUGCAAUAAUAAGAGAAGUAUAUGAUGGAGAAAAUGCUCAAGAAAAUUUUGAAUAUGAAUUGGAGAGAGCUUUAGAAUCUGAAUGUCAAUUAAUUGUUAUAGAACCAUCAAAAUUAGGAGAUGAAACAUCACGAUGGAUUUCAGUUGGUAAUUGUUUACACAAAACCGCUGCACUUUCAGGUGUGACUGCAAUUGUGACAGGCCUACUGUGGAGUGACCGGCCAUUUAUAUGUAGUCCUUUUGGAGUAACAGCACUAAUCUGUUGUGGUUUAUACACAGUUUCUUGGCAAUUUGAUCCAUGCUGCCAAUAUCAAGUAGAAACUGAUACCAGCAAGCUACCCCAUGUUGAAGUACUUGCAGUUCUAGGUCCAUCUUCACCUACAUUUCUAGUUAGAAAAGAUGAUACUAGAAGAAGGAUUUUACAUACUAGUAUAUCUGUUUUAGCUAUGGGCAUUAGUGCAUGGAGGUUAUAUAGAGCUUUUAAAUGAACAUUUUACCAAACAGAACUAUCAAUAAUUCAUUAUUUUAUAGCAAAUUGAUUAUUAUGAUAAUCAAGGUGAAAAACUCUAUGUGAUUUUAAAUUAUAUAUUCCACAAUGGUCUGUCAGGAACCAUAAAGGAAUAAUCUAUGACAUCGUAGAUAAAAGUUCUAGCAAUUGUUUGCAACAUUUAUAUAUGUAUAUUGAAUAUAUUUUGCUAUUAUAAUCUAGGUCUUAUUUUUUUAUCAUAAAAACAAGUAUUUUUUCCUUAUUAUUUGUGAUACUUACAAUAUAUAUGAACACAAUUUCAUGUUGUCAAAUUAAAAUAAACAUACACGAGACAUUAGUGAUUUUUCUCUCUAUACUUUGCUUC